AACGUUGUGUCAAAACACAGAGGGAAAUCAGCAGCAGGCAGCAGAUAUCUCACCUCGAUUUCAGCUUUAGCUCUAUUUUUCGGAAAGUAUUUAUCGACACAAAGUGUUCUCCAUUUACGUCCGCGUACCAUGACCGAACAAUCAGCAUUACUUCUUCGAAAACAACUGGCAGAGCUCAACAAGAACCCCGUGGAGGGCUUUUCAGCUGGUCUGAUAGAUGAUGAUGACAUAUAUAAAUGGGAAGUUGUGAUAAUCGGCCCACAAGAUACCCUAUUUGAAGGAGGGUUUUUUAAAGCAUACCUAACCUUUCCCUAUGAUUAUCCACUACGGCCUCCAAAGAUGAAGUUCAUCACUGAAAUCUGGCACCCAAAUGUUGCAAAGAACGGGGAUGUUUGCAUCUCAAUUCUGCAUGAGCCGGGAGAAGACAAGUUUGGCUAUGAAAAGCCUGAGGAGCGCUGGCUUCCAAUCCACACGGUAGAGACAAUCAUGAUUAGUGUUAUCUCCAUGCUGGCAGAUCCCAACAGCGACUCACCAGCUAAUGUGGAUGCCGCGAAAGAGUGGAGGGAGGACCCUAACGGUGAAUUCAAGAGGAAGGUGGCUCGCUGUGUAAGAAAAAGUCAAGAGAUGGCAUUUGAUUAGGAUUCAAUUUUAAAUUCCAGGUUAAAGGAAAUGCCUUCAGAGGGAAAAUUUCAGCAAAAGGCUUUUGCACCCCUUGUUUUGCCAGUCAAAGGAAUUGGUUGGCUUCAACCACGUUUCUGUGAACGGUUUGUCAUUUUCCGCAAGAUGAGCCAAAUUUGAGAACCCCACCAGCGAAAUUAACCCGUUUCCUACCUGGAAUUGUAUAUUUAAUGUUAUUUAUUUUGAAAAAUUAAUGAUGUAAGAUAUGUCACUACUGUAAAUUAACUUGCUUUUUUUAUCUGCUGCUGAACAGUUUCUACUUUAUACCAGGUUUCUUAUGCAAUUUAGUGGUCAAGAUUGUGUAAAACAAAACAAAAGUCCGUUGCCAUCACCUGUCCUCCCUGCUGAAUACUAACCACCUGAUUAAUGUCGGCCCAAAAAUCUGUCAAUAGAUGUGAUUAUUUUCAACACUGUCAUUGAAUCACUGUUGCCUUAUGUUGGCUUCACCUCCUCACAGUCUGCUUGUUGUUUAGAAGGUCAGGUUGAGAACUUUUGGAGGGACUUUCAUGCGGUCUUUUAUUUUUCUGAGAAACAGCCUCUAUUUUCUUCUUAUGCUAGUGUAUGUCCAAUAGGUAUAAAACCAUGACUCUCAAACCUGCAUGAUUCCCUCAAACAGUUCUGUUAUGUAUUGUUGCUAGCUGUAGAUUUUAAUGGAAUGUUUUACUCAGUGAUUUGAGAGUUAUUGUUUUAUAAUAUAUUGACUUGCACGGGCAUAACUAACGGUAACAGAAGGUUUGUGCCAACUUCUCAGGAGCAAAAUUCAUUAGGGUGUCUAUUAGCAAUCAGUAAGAUAAACCUCUAAUAUUCCUGACCAUUUCCCUUAACACAUGGCCCUUAUGGUUAAAGAGGUAGGCUAAUGUCUUUUCACAAUGUCAUUAUAAAUCAUGGACAACCAAAUACAGUCUGUGAAAGUAGCUUAAGCUGUGAUUAUUUUGCGUGUGUACUGGUUAACUGGCAUCUGAGCUUACCUCAAUUUGAAAAGAUAAAGAAAGUAAACGAGGAUUUUUUUUUAAAUUUAUCUUUUUUUUUUUUUAAAGUUGACAAGGAUUAUGGUUGUUUGAGUUAUUAUUCUAUUAACAUGAGGAAUAUUAGGGGCUCCGUAGUAGAUUUAGGCUUGUCAUUCUUGCUUUGUUUGUCGUGGCACAUUCGGCUUUGGUGCAAUGUGUGGGUAAAUGAUGUUAAGUCUCUCGUGGGUUUAGACUCUGGGGAUUUGAGUAAUGCUCUUUAAUUCUACCAACAUCUUGAGUUGUGAUUGAUGCAUACUUAGAUAAUAUUUAUCACCUUUACUUAAUCACUGAAUUUGGGUUGUAAUUCUUGAUAGAGACUUGAAGUUAACACACCACUUGGUAAAGUAUAAAGAAGUGUUCUAAAGGGAAAUGAACACAAUCCUGCAUCUAGGUUUUAUUGUUUAAGGAGCUUAACACAGCCGUGUUUUGGGAGGAGUCUGGAAACCACUGGCUUUUCACUUUCAUUGAUGGUGUUGCUGAUUAGUAAGCCAUGACGACAUCUAUUUGAAAUGAUGUUAUACAUGAUUGAUCUGUGACUGACAAAUAGCUAACCAUCUUUUGGCGCAUGCAAUCAGGUUUGAAGGAGUUUUGGGUAUGUUUAAAUAUAAUACCAUUGUUAGUACAUUCUGGGUGAAUGUGAUGUGUACAGUUGGUAGAUUUCUGUAGACUUGAUGAUCACAUAACUGCUGACAUUACCUUUUUGAGUCAGAAUUUUCUAACCUACCAUGACCUCCUCUGACCGGUGUUCACUGUAUUUGCACAGAUUCGGUGCGUUUGAAAUGUCAUUAAGCAAUACGCUCUGAAAAUGGUGUGUCCAGGUAUUCCACCCUAAUGCCAUUAUUUGUUUUGGGGUUUUUUUCUUUUCAUUUUGUGUCAAUGCAAUGUAUAUUGGACAUGAUGCUCAAUAAAGUGUGUAAACAGA